AAUAGAAACCAAAUGAUUUUUGCAAGCAACACUUUACCACAAAACAAUGCUUUUGAUAAUGGUAAUAAAAUCAGUAAUGAUGAUAUUUAUAAUAUUUUGGGAAAACUUUUUACUCGUAUAGAACAGUUAGAAACUUCUCAAAUCAACGUUGAACGAAAUCUUGCCGAGUUGAACAAAUUUUAUUUUAAUCAAAAUUUAUCAUUUUCAAAACAAUAA